AUGAAGGGGUUGACAAAGUCAGCUGAUCUCUUCUCAAAGGAGGCAAAGAUGCAGACAAGACUCAAUUCAUCAAACUAUAAUGACCUACUGCUACAGGCAUGGAACUAUUACUUUCAAUCAUUCCUACAUCAUCACGAUGCCACUUGUAAUCACACUCAACGUCAACAUCAACUACAUCAACAACUACAACAACAGCAUCUACAACAGCAACAGCAACAACAGCAGCAACAACAACAGACACUUUCACAGUCACAACAACUUGUACAACAACAACAUCAACAACAACAACAACAGCAACAACAACAUAUAUAUGAUGGAACGUCAUCAUCACCAUUGCUCAUGAGCUCAAUGUAUCCUACACAACAGGUUCCACAACAACAACAACAACAACAACAACAACAACAACAACAACAGCAUCAACAACAAAGAAGACAACUAAAUGGAUCAACUUUGAAUGGAACAAGUCCCAUAGAUAUAUCUGGAUAUACAUUCGAUCAAUCAGUUUAUGUCAAUGGCAAUGGAAAGAUAAUGAAUGAUACUAGUGAUCCCUCAAUCGCACAGCUCAAUAUCAAUAACAACAAUAACAACAACAAUGAACAGCAUCAACACCAACUACACCAACAUCAACACCAACAUCAGCAACAUCAAACUAGUAUACUGAAUAUAGGCAAUGCCCCUAUGGCAUUCCCUCAUACUCCGCCACAGACUCAUCGAUCACCUGCUACACCAUCAACACCAUUGGCCACAUCGAUUACAUCUACCGGCGUUACACUUGGUUUCAACAUCAUACCGUCCAGUGACUCCCCAUCAUCGACACCUCCCACCAACAGCAUCUCGCCUCACUUGGCUGGCCUUGUCGACUCCAACUCCCCACCAAACUCGUCCUACCUCCAAACUCAGAUGUCCACCUCAUCUACACAACCCAAAGAGUCCAUUCUUCUACAAGACUCUUCGGAUGAGAAUGGACAAUUCUCUUGUACACAUCCAGGUUGCGGACGAUCAUUCGCAUCACUAUCAAGUCUCAAACGACAUUUGAACGAGCAUAAUGGCUCUAAACCAUUCAUCUGUACACAUGAAGGAUGUGGCAAAGGAUUCGCCAGGAAGUAUGACCUAAAGGUACAUCUUCGUUCGCACACUGGUGAGAAACCCUACACUUGUUCAUUCCCCGGGUGUCAUAAGAAGUUCGCUAGGAACUCUGAUCUACGUCUACAUGAGAGGAUACACACUGGUGAGAAACCUUAUGUAUGUGACUGCGAAGGAUGUACCAAACGAUUCAUUAGACAGGCAGACUUGAAGAAGCAUCUAAAGACUCACAAGGUGCAUCAAGGACAUCAUCCUCAUAAGCAUGGCGCAGGAUGUGGACACACAGCGAUCGCUCACGACGACCAUAUCGACUUCUUGCACGAUCGCCACUUGCACUCGGUGCACCAGGACCACAUCGACGAUCACAGCAUUGAGAUGUCCGAUGUGAAUCCAGUGAUCUGUACGCCACAGUUUGUCUGUCAGCAUCAUCCCGACGGCACCACUCACUCCCUUGAGUGUGGACAUGAGAUGGUGCCUCAUCACGCAGAGGAUGGCAGUGUCCAUUAUGACUUUUUGGUCGAUGGACAUCUACAUCACGUGCACGACGGUCACUGUGAUGAUCAUGGCUGGAUAGAAGUGAUCAACAGCUACAUGGACACUACCAAAUAA